GAGGACUUCAUUAAUGGGCGCAGUCACCGUCAGUACAAGAGGUACUGGGUGUUUGUUACAGCACGUAGGGAGCGCAGGAGCAGCUGCUGCUGCAGCAGCACGCAGGGAACCGCAGCGCGGUUGCCCGGAAGAAGUCCUCCUACCGCCCAGCCAGACUCUGAGAGCCAUAGAACAUGAAGGGGCGGGCUCAAUUGGAUUCCCCGCACCUUGUCAUUGGUUGUUAGCAGAUAUUGUGUAACAUGCGCAGAAUUUCGGGCACACCGUCCGUAAUUGCGCAAAUACAGAUAAUGGAGGCGGAUCUGGCGCUGCUAUCAUCGACAUAGCGAGCUGUGUUGCACCGGACUUAAAAUAAAAUCCAAAACGUUUUAGUGUCUUUGACUGAACAACCUCCAUUAGCUCACUGAAAGGAAAAUAGAAAGAUUAUCUUGACGGUAUUCCACAGGAAGACGGAAGACAUCGACAAGGAGGACUGCCGCUUUCUCUUUACACUGGCAAACAAAGCCGAUGCUUCAAUGGGAGCCUGUUGAGUGGUUAUUACAAGACCGGACAUGUAGCUGAUAAACCACAGGGGAAGAGUGGCUGUGAUGCAUGCAAGACCAGCGCGGAGCUUUGAUCUGAAAACUAAAGAAACAUCUUGAAGAUUUGGAUGGCAGCAGACAUUUUACCACCAGGUUUCCAAUCAGAUGUAAUUCCCAUUUCUCUGGACACUCCGUAGAUGUUUAAAAUAAGGCUACAGUAAGCCUUAGUUACUACUCUGUAUUGAGGAUGGCGCAUGGGUGGGAUUCGUAUUUCCAUAAUCCCCCACCUCUACCAUCAGAUCCAGGGACUUUGAGAAGGACAUCUGAGUCAGAAGGACGCCUUUCCCAUCAUAUUGAGGACUUCACUGGACAUCAUGGCUUUGCCAGCGUUGGUGCUUCACAUGAAGCCCCUGUCUUUAACUCGGACUUUAACACAAACUAUUGCUCAGAUCCUAGUGUUGUGAAUUCCAGGUCAGAUUAUGUUUAUCAAAGGUACUGUGGUGAAACACAGUGGCAAGCUGAUGGAGAACAAAUGGGAAAGGAUUACUUGCAACGAUGUGAAAAUGGUAAUAUCCCAGAUUUUGCUGCAGACGGAUUGCAAACAUCUGACUCUUUUCCAUCAUCUUUUGGAACAGACUUUCAAGGACUUAAGGAAGAUUAUGAAAUGCCAAGUACAUCAUUUCUUGAGAACUACUCAGAUGUCAGUAGCUGCUCUGAUGCAGAUGCUGGUGAAACAAGACCACCUUGUAAAUUCAUGGCAAGUAAGUCAUAUUCAAAUCCUAAAACUGAUGGUUCCGAAAAACAUGGCUCAUCAUCAUGGUUUUUUACUCAUACGGAUAAUAUGACUUUUCCGACUGAAAGUUUGUGUUCAGAUAUGUCAGAGACUGAUGUACUUUUAUCUUCAAAUGUGAAGGCACAAGAAAACAUAGUUGAGUCUCCAGAGGACAGUUUGGAAAAUUUAGAAAAAACAGUUGCAUCAUACACAGGACAUCAUCAGUCCUCUACUACCUCCUACAUGAAGACAAGUACCAAGAGCAAAACUGAACUUGAAAUAACUGAAUAUGGUUGUUUCCAAGAUGAAAAACAAAGGAAAGAUGUGGAGGGAGAUCUUGCACAAACUCAUUCAGACCUCUUGAUAAGUGGUCAUGAAAACUUUGGUCAUACAAUAGAUGAGUAUCCAGAUGACAGUGAAGAAAAGCAAAUCACUUCAGCUACUCCAAAUAUCAUAAGUACGUUAAAAUAUGAUCAAGUUCCCAUAAAUGAAAAUGGCUCACAAAAGGAGAAGAACGAACUGUUGAACCAAGAAAAUACAGGAUUUAAUCAUCCAAACUCAGAUGGUCAAAAUGGAAAUAUGGGUCAAGAUGUACAAAACAAUGGUGAGGUCUUUGGUGGGGAAACGAGAGAAUCAAGUUUACUUGAAAACAAGAUUUCAGAUGAACAUAAAUCCCAAAUUCCCAAUUCCAACAGAGGUCAACUUGAAAAUAUGGAUUCGGACUGCCAGAAGAAAGAAAUUCAGACAGAUGCCAUUAAAUCCUCCAAGGCAUCCAAUUCUAAUGCUUCUACACAGCAACUGUGGAAAUGCACAAGGACCAGUCAUGAUGUUAAAUCGAACUUAUUAUCUACACAAAAGUCUGAUGAAAGUGUGGCUGGUGAAGUUUGUAGAAGCCUUGAUGAGCACAGUGAAGAUCUUUUGAGCGAUGUCAGUAUUUCAGAGCUUUCAGAACCCAGUUUGCUGCUAAGAAGCUGCAGCAACAACAUACAUCUUGAUGUAGAUGAAGUACAAGCAAGUGCAGGAGAAAAGUCAAAUGUUGAGAUUUCUCCUGAUCCAGAAUGUAGUGGCCCAGCGGACACUAAAGACAAUUUAAGUAUGGACACUAGAAACGAGAACAAGCAAGGUGCGGGCGUUCAUGUAGGAUCCUGUUUAAAGUUGAACAGCUUGAGCCAAGGUGCAAAUGCCCAUGUAGAUACAGAACUGGCAAGUGCAGCAGAGAAGACAAAUAUGACUUUUUCUUCAGAUUCAAAUUGCAGUCAUCUCUCUGACAAUAAUGAAGGUCUAUCUACAAAUGCUAAUGACUUGAACAAAGACAGUGUUGCCACUCAUCCAGAUUCCUCCUUGCAACUGCAGACGCCUGGUACGGAUACGCAUCCCUCUCUAGAAAUGGAAGACACAAGUCAAUCAGAAAAGAAAAACCCAACCUCUCUUCCAGAUCAAGAUCAUAGUGAUCUCAAUAUCACCAGAGACAGUCUUUCUAUUGACAUCAAUGACAAGGACAGGCAAGGUGUUGAUCAUCAUUCAGAAUCCUGUUUGGAGCCAGAGAGCUUAAACACAGAUACAGAUUCUUGUCAAGAAAGGACAUUUACAACUUCACUAGAAACAACCUCAGUCUCCUCUCCAGAUCAAGACUGUAGUGGACCCAGUGUCACUGUUGAUACUAGCAACAAGAAUCUCAGCCAUUCAGAAUCCCCCUUUAAACAAAAGAGCUUAAACACAGACGUGCAAACCUCUGUAGAAAAGGAAUUCAAAAGUCAAUCUAAGAAGAAAAACCCAACCUCCCCUCUAGAUCAAGACUUUAGCACCCCUAGUGCAACCAGUAAAACUCCCUUUGAUGCUGUUGACAAGAACAAGGGAAGUGUUGCUGCUAAUCCAGAAUCCUCCCUUCAGUUAGAGUACUUAAACACAGACACACACCCUCCUCUAGAAGCAAGCAAGGAAACUCCAACCUCCCCUCCAGAUGUAGAUUGUAAUUGUCCCAACAUCACUAGUGACAGUCUUUCUGUUAAUAAUACUGACAAGAACAAGCAAAGUGUUCCUAGUAUUUUACAAUCCUGCUUAAGCACAGACACAUGUCCCUCUAAAAAAAUGGAAAUGGAAAUCAAAACCUCUUCUCCAGAUCAAAAUUGUGGCAACACCACUGUAACCGGUGACAGUAUUUCCAUUGACACUAGUGACGAGAACAAGCAAAGUGUCGCUUCUAAUCCAGACUCCUCCCCACUAAAAGAAAGCUCAAACACAGAGACACAUGGCUGUAUAGAAAAGGAAUGCAUAAGUCCCGCUGAUAAGGCAAGAGCAACCUCUUCCACAGAUUAUGAAUGUAAUAGCCAUGUGGUGACAAGUGACUGCAACAAGCAAAGUCCUAAUAGUUUAGAAUCCUGUUUGCAAUCAAAACCCUCAAGCUCCAACACAAAUCUUUCAGAUUGGACAAGUUCAGAAGUGAACGCAAAUACAACCUGUUCUCUUGAUCAGCAGCAAUCACUACGUAAAAGUCCAGUGGGCCAAGAACCUCUGGGUCUUGGGGAGGAUUGGUCUGAAAAUGCUCGAGACUCAUUUGAAGACACGGGCUUCCCUACAGAGGAACAGCCAGACAUGCUGUAUGGUGAACCUCUGUCCAGAGAUGACUCCUCAUGUGACACUAAUGAAUCACAAUUUCAGUAUAAAGAAGCAUUUGUUGCUGGAACUGAUGGGGACAACAAGGACCAUUCAGGAGGACAAGCUCCGCAACUAAAAUCUGCAGCUGAAAUGAGAAAAAUGCUGCAACCUGUUGUAAUAUUAAAGACUUUGGAGUCAGAAAAUGGAACAAGUGACUCCUAUUACUGUGCAGAUUGCAAACACACAACUUAUAGCACAGAUCAAUCAAUUGAACACUACCAUUGUUGCCAUUCAGUGAACAAUUUUGACUUUUGCAAAAGUUGCAGUCUCUAUCUUGUGAAAAAUGAACAAGCUGGAAAACAUUUGUGUGGUGACGUUAAAGACGGGUCUCAGCGUCCUUCAGAUCCUAGCCCACAGAAAAAGGGAAAUCGCCAAGGCAACCAUAGGUGCAAUAGGUGCAGACUGACAUUUUCAAAAGUAAUGCAUUAUAUCAAGCACAUGCGGACUCACACUGGGAAAACGCCAUUUAGGUGUAAUGACUGUGGCUCUUAUUUUGCACAAGGCGGGAGCCUGCAAAGACACAAGCGUAUACCUGGUAGAUGCAAGCAGUCCAACCUCCCAGCUAAAAAUCCUGAUGUGGCUGUCAGGCAAACUGACACACCAAAACAAAAGGAUGUGGUGCAAAGUAACAUAGAUAUGCCAAAAUGUUUUGUUAAGCUUUUUGACAUCUCUAAGACAAAUCUGUGUGGAUUAUGUGGUAAAACCUUCCCUACUGCAGAAAAGGUUAAAAAGCAUCUCUAUAAAGUACACCAUGGAAAGGGUACGGUAGUGUCAUUAAACCAGAGUACCAAAGCAGUCAGUGAGAGUGAUGAAAAGCAGGAGAAAACUCAAGAAGUGGAGAAUGACAUAAUAGGAAAAUAUAAAUGUCCUCUAUGCCCACGGCUUUUUAAGUACUCUUACAAUCGAGCACGACAUUUGCGUGACUGUGUUCGAGAUGCGAUAUACGGUGGCAAGGAAAAAAUUGCUGGUAAAUACCGAUGUCCUUUGUGCCACACUAUGUUCACUAUGACAUCCAACCGAUAUAGGCAUAUUAAAACAAGCUGCCUCAGAGAAUUUCUUAAUCGACUAGCAAAAGAGAAAGCAAAAGAAAGGACAAAGGUUGAGAAAGAAAUGGUGGAAAGAGAGCAAAAAACACAAAUGGUUGAAAAAGAGCAGAAAAUGCAAACAAGGGAAAAGGAGAAGAAAAAACAAGCACCACCAGCUUUGACAACCUCAAAGUCUGUGCCACGAUACAAAUGCAACCUCUGUCCUGCAGUUUUUUGUUACGCUUCUGGAAAGUACAGACAUAUGAAGAAACACGAGUUGUUUAAACUCACUGGGAAAAUUAUCAGGUACAGGAAUUCCAUUUUCUCCAUCAAGAGUAAUCUGGAAACUUUAAAUGGUACACAGAAUGAAGCUGGAAAGGAAAACUCGAACUCAGCUGAAGCAAAGAGCAAUCUGAGUUGUCGCUUCUGUGGUAAAUAUUUCAGCUCUUCACAGUCACAGAAGAAGCAUGAACGCAAUCACCGCGGUGAGAGACCAUACCGCUGUCUGGAAUGUGGAAAGGGAUUCAAGAAGCAGUCCCAUCUGAUUGCUCACAAAAUUAUUCACCAGAGGAGGAUACAGUGCACUGUCUGCAAAAAGAUUCUACCGACUAUUGGAGAACUGAUCCAGCACAGAAGUUCACAUCUAAAGAGGGGAACGCUUCAAUGUCCAGACUGUACUAUGCAGUUUCAGCAUCCCGCACAUCUCCUCAGACAUCUAAAAACCCACAAAAAUAGAGAAAACAAGGCACUUCAAGUUGAAGAGAGAACAGAAUCAAAUCAUCAGCAAACCUUGGAAUCUGUGGAAGAAGAGGAUGGACCAAAGCAAAUGCAGUGUUCCUUAUGUAAAGAAGUAUUUGAUGAUGCCCAAGUACUAAGAAAACAUUGUCUCACCCAUAUAUCAGGUUCUUCUUCAAACCAAUGUCCAUUUUGCAAACGAAAUUUCAGUAAUCGCCGCUAUUUAUUGCGCCAUAUGGUCAAACACACUGGGGACAAACCCUUUUCUUGCACCAAUUGUGGAAAACAGUUUUACCGUAACAUAUGCCUUAAAAUUCACAGUCAGAAGUGUUCCCCUCCUGAAACCAGAACUCUCGAGUCUGAAACAAAGACAAAAACACUAUAUCCGUGUCCCUAUUGUCCACGGAAAUUUACUAAGAAAGAUCGUUGGAAAAAUCAUCAGCAUGCCCACAAGAUAAAUUCUGUGCAUCCAUGCUCAAGAUGUGGGCAGUACUAUGGACCUAAUAAAAUGAAACAACAUCAGAGGAACUGUGAAGAGACAACAGAGCUGAGCACUGGCUUAUCUCCUGACACCAACUGUAAUAAAAGCAGUCUACCAACAAACCAGGAUACUCCUAAAAUGUCUACACAGCCCAAUGCAACCACUCUGCUUCAGUUUAAAUGCCCCUACUGUACCCAGAGGUUCAGGUUCAGGUCAUUAUUCUUGAGACAUCUGGUCUCACAUACUGGUGUGCAACCAUAUGCGUGUAUGCACUGUGGUCAGAGAUACAGAUCAAAGACAUUAUGUUUGCAGCAUGAAGUUUUCUGUGACGGUGUUAACAAAAAUGUACUAUCAAAACUCAAAAGCACUGGUGCAACACAACCUCCCAACAUUCCUUCUCCCAUAGAGGCAGAACCAAAGCCCAAUGCACAUGGUGAAACGGAGUACAAGUGCAAAUUCUGCACCAAGACUUUCAUGAAACCAAGGUACCUGAGACGUCACAUUCUGACACACAAUGAAGUAAAACCAUAUCGCUGUAAGGCCUGUGAUAGCUGCUUUUCAAGGUACGAUCAUCUGAAAGUACAUCAGACUCGCUGCAAAGGUAAAAAAACAAGGUUAGAGGUCCGUAUUCCCAAAAUCAGUUUAGAAGAUGUUGGCAAAGGUUGGCAAAAUAAGUUUGGCAUUGAGAGUGCUAAAAAGCAGGAGAUGUUUGAGUGUAAGGUCUGUUCUAGAAGCUACACAACUCAGUCUAAACUUUCCCGACAUUUCACCAUGUUCCAUGCCACAAAGUUAUUCAAGUGCACACGCUGCGGCUCCUCAUUCGCUCAUGAAAAAUCUCUGAAAAAGCACAAAAAGAUGAGAAGGUGCAGAAAGGUCUUGAGGGAAACGGCGGCUUCCUUACUGCAGGGAACCAAUCCUCCAGCAGAAAACAUGACAGGAUCUCUUGAUGGGAUCAGAAGCCAAAUGCUGAAGAGGAUCCAUCCUUGCUUUAACAAGAAGUACAAGUACGUUUGCAGUUAUUGCCCCCGUGUUUUUGGAAAUAGCUGGCAGUUAGGUGUGCACACCCGCCUGCACACAGGAGAGAAGCCAUAUUCAUGUGAUUACUGUGGUGAGAGAUUUAUAAGGAAGGAUUAUGUCCAGCGUCAUUUUCCAAAGUGCCCCAAUAAACACCAGACAAGUACAGUUCUCUGUGACCUAUGUGGUGGCUUUUUCUCUGCAAGCAAGCUUGAAAAUCACAAGAAAGGCUGUGGUUUAACAACAAGCUCAUCACCAGUUUUCCAAAGCCAGCAGUCAGCCACUCAUGACCCACCAAAAGGCUUUUCAUGUGCAUACUGCAGCUCCCGAUUUCUGCUUUUUUCACAGCUCCAAGAGCAUUUUUUGAGCACACACAAGCUGGAAACAAUGACUCAACCAGUGUCAGCUGCCCCCCUACAGCAGCUUCUGUCAGACAUCAAAGAAGAGCCUGUGGAUGAGAGUUGUGAUGAAAGGCUUAGUGACAAUUUAACACAAAGCCUUAAUACCGCUAUUAUGGAGCCCUCCAAGCAGUUUUUUUGCCAACAAUGUAAUAUGUUCUUUGCAAACAAAGCUGGACUAACUGGUCAUCUCCGUACACAUGCAGUGGGCCAUCCUUUUAACUGCAAGUCCUGCAAUAAGGGCUUUUGGAAUAAAAGUCUCCUCCGAAAUCACUACAGGAAGUGUAGAAAUGGACGUAUUCCAAACCAGCAGUUGGAAACACCUCUAAAAGCAAAUUUUGAUUUUGCACUUAAUCACUCUGCUCUUGCGGUCGGAGGCAGCUCUACAAUGACUAGCACUGGGCUUUUCUGCAACGAUGAUUUAAUGGACGAAUCAACAAAAAAUUCAGAAGGAAAUGAGGUGCAAAGCAGCUCAAGUAAAGAGAAGAAAGCUGUGCAGUAUCAAUGUUCAGAAUGUGAAAUGAGCUUCACAGAUGGCUUAGUGCUCAUCAGUCACCUUGAAGACCAUGGAAGACAGGAACAAGAGAAAAAGCGCAAUACAUGUCCUAAGUGUGGGCGGGUGUGCACUAGUCAAGGAAAUCUGGAAAAACACAUGAGGAUGCACACAGGUGAUCAGAAAUUCCCUUGCUUCGACUGCUCCAAGCUGUUCUAUACCAGGUCUGAUCUGGAAGCCCACAGAACGUGUCACGAUCUAAGCAGGCCAUAUGCUUGCAAACUGUGUAAUCAGCGGUUUUGGACAAGACCAUCUUUAUGCACCCAUUACAGGGAGGAUCAUGAAGAUGAUGUAUUUAGUUGUCGAUUCUGCAGCAAAUCGUAUGCAGUAAAAAAAUCACUAGCAAGACACUACAGAAACUGGCAUCCAAAACAGUAUAAGGAUAUCAAGGCUGCUGUGAGGGAAAAGAGCAGCAGCGAACAGCAGUCAAGCGGCCAAGUGAGCACAGCUGGUGACAGUGAGGAGGAUGAAAACAACGGCAGCGAAGACAGUGACUCAGACUCCGCGCCAUACUUCCCGUGCCACGUGUGCGGAAAGACCUUCCCAACGUCAGAAAGCCUUGAGGAUCACCAGCUCUGUCACCUGGGUGAAAAGCCACAUGAAUGUGAACAAUGUGGUAAAUGCUUUUUCCAGGCGUCUCAGCUGCAGCAGCAUCAUCGAAUGCACAAGUCUGAAUUUCAGUGUCAAACUUGUGGCAGAGGGUUCAUGUCUCUCUUUGCUCUGCGUAACCACAAGCACAGUCACGGUAAAAGUCGCUCACAUCGUUGUUCCAAGUGUCACCUAUUUUUCAAUGGACCAUUGCAGCUAGCAGAGCACAUGUCGACCCACCGUGAAGAGAAUUUUCCGUGUGAUAUUUGCAAUCGUGUGUUUCUGUCCAAGAGUAGCAGAGCUGAACACUGGAAAACCCACUCCACAUCAAGUGACCAUCCUUCACCUUCAGUGUCAAGUGGAGAACAGCCUCCCUCACACUCUGAAAGCUCAUUUGUAUUCACCUCGGAGCUUAAAUACCGCUGUGGUGUUUGUAGCGAGCGCUUCAGAGAUCCAGAGGAGCUCUCAGAGCAUGGCUGUAUGGAAGCUAAAGAGCGACCAUACUCUUGCACAGAAUGCAAUAAACAUUUUCUUCAUGCAUCUCACCUGAAAAAGCACAGGAAUACCCAUCAUCAGUUACAGUACAAUCGUAAAUAUUCUUGUAAUCAAUGCAACAGUAGCUUUGCUUCCUCUCAGCUCUUCUUGACCCAUCUUAAGAGCCAUAUUGGCACCGUGGCAGAAAUUAAACAAGAACUUGAUGAUGAAGAUGGUGAACCUUCACACGUUUUUAAGUGUCCAGUUUGCAGCCAGUGUUUCCCAUGUGCCAUGGAUCUGUUUCAUCAUUUCCCAACGCAUCCUGAUGGUACAAUUGAAAAAAUCAAAUUUGCCUCUGGAAGCAAGCUUAAGGAGCACGAGCAGUAUAAGCGGACCUCAGCUGCUGAAUAUGAAUGCACAGAGUGUGAGCAGGGCUUUUUGGGAGAAGCUGCUUUCUGCCAGCAUAAGUAUUCCCGGCAACAGCAGGCAACAAAAACGGAAUACUCAAAUCCAUCCUCUAAAAAAUCCAGCCCAUCAUAUUUUCAAGCAGCAGGAGAGGACGACGAUGAGGAGGAAGAGGUUGAUGUUACAGGAGACGACCUGUACAACUGCCUUGUCUGCUCAAUGCGGUUCAACUCUAAAAAUGUCCUUUUGGAGCAUCAAAAUAAAGAACAUCCAAAUGAGAAGCCAUUCACAUGUGAGCUUUGUGGAAAAACAUUUGCCAGGAAGCGAUACCUGAAAGAGCACGAGCGCAGGCAUCGUCAGAAAGCCCAAAACGAAACUCAGACGGCCGAGAAUAAGUUCAAAUGUUCCCAGUGCCAAAGCAAAUUCACUACGGCCCAAGAGCUGUCUCUGCAUAUGAGAAAGCAUGCUGAAAAAGACGUUGGAGAGUACCGAUGUGACAUGUGCUACAAGUCAUUUAGCCAGUGGUCUCUUCUUAAGCAGCACCAAGAAAGUCAUGUUGGUGAGGUUGUGUAUGAAUGCACAGAAUGUGACAAAGCCUUUGCUUUUCCUCACCUGCUGGAGGAACAUCAGCAAAGUCAUGCCGGGUCCUCUGAGUAAUGGUUCCUAAAUACCACAUAAUUUAGUUACCUUAACUUUCCUUUGAAGACCUGUAUCCUCAAACCCUCUUCAUGCCUUACAUCUGCCAGUAAACCACUUGUAAUUGAUAAUUAGAAUCACUCUUUAUUUGUUUCCUCUUGUGCAUACUUGGAAAGCACUUGGAGAGAUAUGACACUAAGAUUUUCUGUGAUGGAUCUUCUCCUGGGUUUUUAUUCCCUUUGUAUAUACUUUUAGUUGUGAUGUUGGGAUUUGUAUACAAUAAAUAAGCAACAUAGUUUCUUGACAGUAUUUGUAAAAUUGUCAAAAGAAGUUUAAUAUUCUGUUUAAACAGAAAGAGCAUGACAGAAUGUCUUGGAUUAAGACUUAGAUUUCUGAUCAUAUAUUUUUGUUUGUUUGUUCGGCAUAUAUUUUGAAAUAGUUUUAAACAGUUUCUUUGUCGGUAUGUAAAGUAGACUUUACACUGGUCAUUUUAAUCCAUUGAUAUUUUGUAUGGUAUGACCGUUCAUGUAAAAAGUAUAUAUAUCUAUAUAUAUAAUUUUGUAAUUUUUAGUUUCUUUUCCUUUGAUUGUCAAAGGGUGCUUUUUGAUAAAGAAAAAUAUCUUGUACACUCAAAAGAUAUUCUGAUUGAAUUUUCUUUCCAUAAACUGAUGUUACUUUUGAGAAAUUUGAGUUCCUGCAUUUAACUAAGAAGUAAAGUCAGUUAGGAAA